AUGCUAGAAGGCCUUCCUGCCGCCAAAGAUAAGGAUGCAAAGCCUCCGGUGACUGGCACAGCAAAAGUCUUCUUGAACGAGAAGACCGGCCCACCCCAACACCUAGCCUCAGGUUUCAUCUAUGGCAUUCCGGACAACCCUCUACAAAUCCCCGACCAUUUCUACCGCGACAUCCACUUCCGCUAUACCCGUGCGGGCGGGUCCCAGCUACCCUCCAACCGCGGCUGGGCGCGCUCCGUCAGCGACUACGAGGCGCGCUUCUCGUCCGCGCUCUCCAACUACCGCACCGCCCGCUCCCACGGCGGGCAGUUCAUCUACCUGAUCUCCGACCUCUGGGGCGCCGACGGCGGCCAGCCCAAAGACGCCCUCUGGCCCGGCGACAACGACGACUGGUCGCACUGGGACAACCUCCUCACGCGCUGGAUCGCCGAUGCCCAAGCCCACGACCACCUAGACGGCCUGGUCUUCGACAUCUGGAACGAGCCAGACCUGCAUUUCUUCUGGGGCCGCAGCGUCGAGCGCUGGCUGCGGCUGUGGUCGCGCACGUACCAGCGACUGCGGAAGGAGUUGCCCACGUUGAGGCUCACCGGCCCGAGUCUGAGUGCUUUCCCGAGCAGGGAUAAUCAGUGGUGGAUGGGGUAUCUGAAGCACGUCAGCGAGACGGGCGAGGUGCCGGAUCAGUGGGCGUGGCACAUGGAGAGCGGCAAGACGGAGUCGACCAUGACGAACAGUGUGGCGCUGUUCAGGGAGAUGCUGGGCGAACAUGGGCUGUCCGAGGACGCCGGGCGCGCCGAUAUCAACGUCAACGAGUACGCCACGUACCCGGAGCAGCUGCCGAGUGCGGGCGCGUGGUGGAUCGCCCAGCUGGAGAGGCAGAAUGCUUGGGGCCUCCGUGGCAACUGGGCUAUGGGGGGCGCACUGCAUGACUUCAUGGCUGGCCUGCUGGGGAAGCCGGGCGCAGGGACGGACCAGUACGAGCUGGAGGGAACCGGAUACUGGCCCACCGCGGAGUAUCAGGUGUAUCUAUACUAUGCACGGGAGAUGGUGGGCGGGCGGGUCAGGACUGAGCCAACGGAAGGCGCCGAGGAACUGGGCGAUGUAUAUGCGACGACAGACGGGAAGGUAGUCCGAGUGUUGGCGGGUACGAGGGCGAGGGCGGGAAAAUGGGCGGUGCAGAUCAGCGGGUGGGAGAAGGAGGGGAAAGUGGGCGUCAAGACGCUGGCGUUCAGCGGUGAUGAGAAGGACCAUUUCAUGAAGUUCGAGGCUCCCGAGGUGCUGAGUGAGAGAGAGGUCGAGCUGAAUGAAGGCUCGUUGUUGCUGCCUGUCGAGCACCAAGACACAACAACGGCAUUUGCUUUCGAGAUCACUUGA